CCACCUGCUCUUCUCGGACCGGGAGGAGGAAAGCUCUCGGCAAGUUCUGGUGCUUCUCAGAAACAUUGAUGCUAUUGAGAAAAGCAGUGUGGAAAACCUUUUGAGCUACUUCGGCCUCUUUUCUAACACAGGCCGCGGCGAAAGGUUGGAGGAUCAUUUGUGUUGCAAUGUGUCAGCAAAGUGUUGCACCUAUACAGCCCACAGGAAAUUUGUUGUUGUUGCUGUUCUUCCUCACUGUUGUGUGUGUGGCUUGCUACUACUAACAGCUUUUCAUGUCCUCUGCAGCUAAAAAACGUACAGUUUUGACACCAAAAAGGAAGUUCCAUUUAACAACGUUGUGCAAGCCCAAUUUUCUGCACUGCCACGGCCAAAACAGGGGGCAUCUAAAAAGGGGGAGGUGGUAUUGUUGCUAUUGUUUGCUGUGUGUUUUAGGGUUUCUGGAUCUUCAGGGACCAUCAUCAUCAAGUGUAAAGAUCUGUGUGUACUCCAGCUUGACAUCCCAGGCAUGGAGCAGUGUCUCAACAUUGCACAGUCUAUUGAGACCCUGUCCUGUUUGGACCGUGUGGUGGAGAUGUACCCUUUCUUUUACAGACCAUCCAAUGCCAUCCCCUGGGACCAGUGGGGCCUCUCAAACCCUGAGAAGCAUUACAUGGAAACGGAGGAGCUUCAUGAGAGGUGGAGACUGAGCACUGUGAACCGAGAAUACUCAGUAUGUCCAUCUUACCCUCCAGCUGUCAUUGUGCCCAAGGCAAUCAACGAUGACGCACUGAAAAAGGUGGCCAAAUUCAGGCAGGGUGGACGCUUCCCUGUCCUCUGCUACUACCACAGGAAGAAUGGCAUGGUAAUCUUACGCAGCGGUCAGCCACUGAUGGGAGCGAACCGGAAGCGUUGCAUGGAAGAUGAGCUGCUCCUGCGGGCUGUGAUUGAAGGCUCGGACAAAGGUUACAUUAUUGACACACGCUCAGCUCAGCAGGCACAGCAGGCCCGGAUGAUGGGUGGCGGGUUUGAGUCCAAAUCAUGUUACAGCAGCUGGAAGAGACUGCACAGACAAAUGGAAAGGGGGAAAACACUCCAAGAGAGUCUAAUCAGGCUGGUGGAGGCCUGUGCUGACAUGUCCCAUAAUAUGGACCGCUGGCUCAGUAAGCUAGAAAAUUCCAAGUGGUUGUCUCAUGUCCAGACUGCUCUGUCAACUGCUGGCCUGCUGGCAGAGUGUGUGGAGAGGGAUGGUCACUCAGUUCUGGUUCACGGCUCUGACGGGAUAGACUCCACUCUUCUUAUCAGCACUCUUGCACAAAUCAUCAUGGACCCAAGUUGUCGUACACUCGAGGGGUUCCUGGGUCUUCUGGAGAGGGAGUUUGUGCAGGCAGGGCACCCAUUCCAGCGGCGAUGUGCUCACUCAGCCUUUUCCCACGCUCGUCUCCAACAAGAGUCCCCAGUAUUCCUUCUGCUGUUGGACUGUGUGUGGCAGCUAUGGCGCCAGUUUCCCCUUGCACUCGGCUUUUCUGAGGCGCUGCUACUGAGGCUGGUGACUGAAGCUUAUGCCUCGAAUUACGGCACAUUCCUCUGUAACAGUGAUAUGGAACGCUGUGCUCUAGAAGUGAAGAACAAAACUCACUGUUUGUUUCGGGCGCUGUUGAAGCCAAGGGAGAGACAGCAGUACACCAACCCACUGUAUGAGCACACCAAGUUGGCCAUUUGGCCGUCAGUCCACCCACAGUCCUUACAGCUAUGGAGAGGGUUUUUUCUGAGGUGGAAUCAACAGACCCGUCAUUUAGAAGAAGUCCAGGAGGAAAUAAAGAACAUGGUCAUUGAGUGGGGGAAGAUGGCACUCAGCUAAUGACAGUUCAUCACCCAAGACACAUAAUUUAUGUAUUUAUAAGGAGGAAUGAUACAAAUAUACCCUGACUUUCAAAUUUCGACUGCUACAUUGGUCCUCAUUAACAUUGACUGUACAGUAUUUUUGAGUGUAAAUGUGUGAAUCAAUUCCCACUGACACUGAAA